AUGUCUACGAGAUCGCUGCGGCACAGAUCGAGCCGCCUGUCGAGUCCUGCGACGUUUGGUGAAAAAGAGACUGUCCCCAAGCCCGUCGAGGCGCCCUUGACGAGAAAUGGCCAGCAGACCAGUCUGGAUACGUGGAUCGAGCCCGCAGUGCGGCCUGCGGUGCCGAGUUUCGAGGACACACGAGGCCUGGAGAGGGCAGGGGUGCUAGAGAACAUGCAGCCUUUGGGGACAGCGCCGUCUUCUCGAUUGCUACAGAAGUUGAAGUUGAACUACAUUCGACGACCUUCACCCCGCGCCACUCCCGCGCAACCCGAGGAGGAUGUGACGCCGGCCGCCGAGCCGGAGAAGAUGCAGUUGGCUUCACCCAUGGAGUCUGAGAUCAUGUCCGAUCAUCCACCCGAAGUGCCUCCCCAGGCUGAAACCAUUGUCAUUUCGAGUCCACCGCGUGGUCGGCCGCCUCGGAGAGAAGUGGCAGAGAUGCACGAGGCAGCAACCAUGUCACCAUCACCCGUCAAAAUGGCGUUUACCCCUACUAGUCAAGGUAGUGGCUCCAAGCCCGUGUCGAUUCAGGAACAUCUACGGCAGGAUCGACUUCGAACUCACAUCGACCGCGCAAUGCAAGAAGCACAGCAGAACGGGAAGCCAGAUCUGGUGCCGGGCCUGCAACGGCUGCGCGAAGAUGCUUGCGUUAUGCCCGAGUUGUGGAAUGUCUUGGAAGCGGUGGUUCAAGAAUCACCUUCGCCUGACCAAGUCAAAACAUUCAAACGCUACAUCAAACACGGCAUCAAAAGCCAUCGCAGAUCAAGUCAAUUCUCGGCCAGCCCUUAUCAAUCUUCUCCUCAACACCUUGGCGAAUUCGGGUUGCGUGACCAGCCACCCUACUCGAAUAUUGACUCGACAGCAUCUCCCGGCCAGCAUCGGCGACAGAUUUCCCUUUUCAUCAACGGAUCACAGAUUCGAGGCUCUGACAGACCUUUCGAGCAGCCCGUCUCGCCUUCAGCCACGUCGCGCAGCAUGGCAGCUGUGAAUGCACAUGAGAGGUCUUCUCUGCACGCCCACACCACAUCGCCUCAGAAGCGCAAACGUACGCGCAGCGUGUCCACUUCCUCCUCCCUAUCAUCGGCCAAGUCUCUUCCUCUUCCCGACGAAUUCGGCGCACCCCUCGACCGCGCGCAGCGAGGUGAAGGACGAACAGGAAGUCGGCGAUCUCGCCACGCAGGGCCGCGCCAAGCCUCAACCCGGACGGCGGCUGGGAACCGAUUGCGUUCGGUUGCCAGUGCGAGUGCCAGUGCCACGAACCCUCCAUCGACCUCCUCCAAACACGCGGUUGAUUCGGACACUGCAACCGCGACUGCGACUGCCUCCAAAGCCGGCUCGAAGAAGUUGAAACGGUCUCGUGAGGGGGAGUCGGAUUAUGACAUUGAUGAGCUUGCGAAGCGGAAAAGACACUUUUUGGAUGACAGUUUCCAUGAUUACAACACGAUUCCUCGACCCGAAAGCCACGAACGUGAGCCAGUCCACGCUCAUCCCAAUCGUGCAGACCCCAUCGACAACCCGCCGAAGCCGGUGAUUCAUCCCAAUCGUCUGAUGGCUCCUCACGCCGAACUGUCAUCACCGGUCAGCGCCGACGCGCCACAAGACCGCGGGCUGCCUAACGGAACAAGCCGCAAGAGAGCCUACGAUGAAGUCGACGCGGAUGAGAUUGAUGUUAUUACUCCUGAUUCGUCGUCGCCUGGUCCGCUGCUUGGUCCGCCAGCACCGACGGGUGCGGCAGCUGCAUCCUCACGAGGUGUGACGCCUCGAGCAACACGACUUCCACCGGCAGCGAAGGCACGCAGAUCUGCGCGUGUCAUGGUCUCGUAA